AAAAUGUUCGUAUAAUUGGAUGUGCAAGUUUCUACAAAGAAUAUCAGCAAUGGUGUUUUAGUUCUGGUGAAAAAAAAAUAUUAAAUGAUAAUAAAUUCGGAAUAGAGAUUAAACCAUAUGCUACAAGAUAUCGUCCAAGAACUAAAUAUGGUAGAGAAUACUCAUACAAGUUAGAUCAUAGAGAAAUUAUUGAAAAAAUGCGAGAGAACCUAGGUAAUAAAGAUUUUCUACAUGAAAAACCAGAUUCUACUAAUUCUACUAAUUCUACAGAGAAAUCAAUUGAGGAUGAAUUGGUGACUUUAGACUCUGCCCAUACAGAUCAAUUUUUAGAAGAAUAUUUCCCAGCAGAGGCCCCUCUUACUACUAAUUCUACUAAUUAA